AUGCCACCUGGCGAGGAAGCAUCUGGAUCCGGAGCACAGCACUUGCAACAACAACAGACACAACAGCAGCAACAACAACAAAAGCGAGAUUUCUCAGAAGAAGCAACGACGUCUCCCGGCGGCGAUCCAGCAUCCGCAUCCGACCAAAGCAAGAGGAGACGAACGGCCGGCGGAUCCUCGAGCUCGCGCGGAGUAGCAAACCUCACGCCGGACCAGCUUGCGAAGAAACGUGCCAAUGAUCGGGAGGCCCAGCGGGCGAUUCGAGAGCGGACCAAGAACCAGAUUGAGAAUCUGGAGCGGAAGAUUAGGGAGUUGACGAGCCAGCAGCCGUACCAGGAACUGCAGCAUGUGUUGAGGCAGAAGGAGGCCGUGGAGGCGGAGAACCUGGAUAUCAAGAAGAGAUUGGGGAGCGUGUUGCAGUUGAUUCAGCCAAUUCUUGGUCAACAUGGCUUGGAGGCUCCGACUUAUACUCCUCCUGCACAGCCGUAUGUGCCCAAUCGACCGAGUUCUGCUGCGAUGAAUGUGUCGACGCCGAAUAGUGCUUCGUCGCCAGCUUCUGCUACACCGUGGCAAGCUCCUAGUGCUUCGAUGACGACGGGUCAUGAUCCGAGAGCAUAUCCUCAGACUCAAGCUUUACAGACUCAGCAAUUGGCCAAACAGAGACAUGAUAUGGCACAUAAUUUGGACAUGGGACCAGAGAGAUUGGGAUUGGACUUCCUACUCGAUGGUACUCAGAGGAUAAACAAGAUACCCAAUGGAGUCAAUGGAUCACAAGAAAGCUUCCAGCAAAACUCGAGAGAACAUCCACCUAGUCCUGCUCAUCAUCGAAGCAAUUCGAUAAGCAGUCUCGCCAACUACCACCCCUCAACCCCAGCCGGAGAAAUGACCGGACACACAGCACCAAUCCGCAACGGCCCUCCAACCUGUCCCCUCGAUAGCCUCCUCCUCGACUUUCUGCACAAAAAACAACAAGAAGCCCUUGAUGGCGCCUCAACCCCCCACCUCGUCGGCCCCGCCUACCCCUCCGUCUCCUCCCUCCUAAACCCCGCCCGCGCCGCAACCUCGCACCCGCUCUCCAAGGUCUUCACCGACAUCCUCGCCACUUUCCCCGACCUCUCUACCCUCCCCGAGAAAGUGGCCGUUCUCUACAUCAUGUUCCUCAUCAUGCGCUGGCAAAUCGCCCCCUCACAAGAAACCUACGACCGCCUUCCCGACUGGGCAACCCCUCGCCCGUCCCAACUCUUCACUCCCCACCCAGCCUGGAUCGACCACCUGCCCUUCCCCAAGAUGCGCGAUCGCCUCGUCGCGAACUACAACCCACGCGAUUACCUGUUCGACAAUUUCUUCAUCCCGUUUACGACGACGCUCUCUGUAAACUGGCCAUAUGAACCCACGGAUGCGCUUCUGAGUAGCGGCGCGGAGGGCGAGGAGUUGGUUAUUAAUCCGGUGUUUGAGCGCCAUUUGCGGAAUCUGGAGAAUUGGAGUCUGGGGCCGAAUUUCGCGAAGGCGUUUCCGGGGUUGCAGGAUACGUAUCGGUUGAGGGUUGAGGGGGAUAGGAGGUGA